AAGACACAACCCUGAUUAUUUAGGAAUCGAUUUCAAGAUCCGAACUAUAGAGUUGGACGGGAAGAAGAUAAAGCUUCAGAUUUGGGAUACCGCGGGGCAAGAGAGGUUUAGAACUAUAACUACAGCUUACUACAGAGGAGCAAUGGGAAUAAUGUUGGUUUACGACAUCACCAACGAGAAGUCCUUCGACAACAUCAAGAACUGGAUCAGGAACAUCGAGGAGCACGCCAGUGCUGACGUGGAGAAGAUGAUUCUGGGGAAUAAGUGUGAUAUGAAUGAUCGAAGACAGGUGUCUAAAGAGAAAGGUGAGCAGCUGGCAAUAGAGUACGGAAUCAAGUUCAUGGAAACUUCAGCCAAAGCGAGCAUCAAUGUAGAGGAGGCUUUCUUCACCUUGGCUAGAGACAUUAAGGUGAACAUGGAGAAGCGUAUGGAGGCUCAAAAUCCUCCUCGUGGAGCAGAGCGUGGUCACCAGCUGGGGGCAGAGGAGGGUCGAGCCAAGAAUAUCAUGACCUGGCUCUCUAGAUGUUCUAUACUGUGAUACACCAAUUCUCAUUCUAAACUCAAAUAUGGCGUGGACUUCUAAUGUUGUUGUCUAAUACAAUUGACAACAGAAACCUGUUCUUUUUGUACAUCUUGAAGCCUGCAGUUCAUGUUUAAUUGUUUUGUACAUAUUGUACGCUGUAUUUGCAUAGAGGGUACUGUACAAUGCAAUGAGGAUCCGGAGACUUCAACUUUAGACCCGUAUCUUCUUUAUGUACACUGUACAAUAUGUUGAAUAAUUUAGACUAAUUGUACAGAAUGAUCAUUUAUGUACCGUAAAUACAACUACAGUACAACCCACGCUGAUUCCUGAUUGUACAUGACCCUCUCACACUAAACUAUGCCUCUUAUGUCAUCAAAACGUCUUCUUUAAUUAAUUCCUUGUAUUUUCUCCUAAUCGAUUUAUUGGUCGAGAAAUCCUUCCCUCCCUCCCCAGCGCCCAACCCCGCGACGGACGCCUAAUUCUUAAUAAACGGUGACAACUGACCAGUGAAAAUGUUCUAGUUCUGAUUAUACUAAAGAAAGAAUAAAUAUGGUUUUCAGUU